AAUCAGUAUUUCGAACAUAAAAACCCGGAAGUCGCGAACUUCAACCAGGACGGUAGAGUACCUGGUCCAGGAACAAAAAAAUGGUCCGGACGGAUAAUAUCCACUGAGAGUCGGAAGAUCUCCCGGAUACUAUGAUACUCCGGAUGCUAUCCGGGCUGGUGGCUCUCACGCUGAUGAGCCUGGAUCUGUGUGUUCCGGUUAUAAACCAUCGGACAGGCGAUUCCGACCACUGCAACAAGACGGUGGACAUCCACCAAGCCGUGUCGAGUCCUCCGGUCACAGAGCUGAAUCGUGGACGGCCUCUACACUGCAGCUACAAGAUCCGGGUGCGUCCGGUCCGGGACGACUGGGUCGUCUUCGUCCGGUUCACCCGGAUGCACGUGGGGCAACCCAACCAGGACAGGUCGCAGUGCAUCGGGGGAUAUGUCCAGAUCGUGGACGGGUACAAAGACAGCAAUUACAGCAAUCGCGACUCUCCUGGCUUUUAUUGUGGUGACAUCGACUCCCCGAAGACUUUCAUAUCAGAGACACCCCAGGUGAAGAUCAUUUUCCAUGCCGACAGCUACGGUUCAGACACAGUUCUGCAGUUCACUCCUUACGUCGAGAAACAGGGAGAGGUUCCAGAAAGAUAUGGCCAGUUUCCACACCUUUACCCCCACAGACGUGGAGCGCCAGUUCCUGGCUCCUACUGCGACCGGACUUUCCAAGAAUGCGCCCCAGGGCGCUGUUUCGUGCAAUCUCCCGGGUUCCCAGGCAUCUAUCCGCGGAACCUGCGCUGCAGGUACCGCGUCAGUGUCCGGCAGUACCUGGUGGGACUCGACCUGACCGCUUUUGAUGUGGACGGACUUCGAUGCGACAACAUGUUGCUCUGCUUCCCGCGGCCCAUCGUCCGGGAUGCCGGACAAUGUCCGUACGAUAUUGUCCGUAUCUACGACGGACCGUCCCUCGAAAGCCCUCUCAUCAUUAGUCUCUGCGGAAGAGGCAGGCUCAAGUCCAAUAUUAUUGCUUCCGGACCGGAUAUUUUAGUCGAAUUUGUGACUUCCAACUCCGGGCCCUUGUUAAACACUGGAUUUCAUUUCAAAGCAGACAGUAUCAUCGAUCCGGACUCUUCGGAACCACUGCAGUUGCGCAACAACAGCUGUUUCGUAGAACGGUACCUUCCGGAGAACAAAGAAAGCACGUUUUCGAACCUCCGAUCGUGGUAUCCACCCAACACCACCUGCGCGUACCGAUUCCACACAACUUCGGAAGACGUCAUUCGGCUCGAUUUCCUUCUCUUCCGCAUCGAGAGAUUCACGAAAUGUGCAGAAUCGCUGAAGUUAUAUGAUGCGCCAGAACCGAAUCCGACGAAAAUCAUCACGAAGAUCUGCGACGAGAACAAAGCACAAGCAAUGUACGAGUCCACGGGGCACUAUUUGUAUGUAGAGUUCGUCAGCUCUAUAGGAUCGUUAGACGGAUCGUCCAUUAGUUAUGAGUUCCAGGUUAAGUCUGUGGGAGCGUCGUCAUUGGAAAGUGGCCAUGCUUGCAGCAGAGUUUUGGACAGAGAUGGGCAAAUCAAUUUGCCGCUUCAUGAACUCAAUGCCACUAGCCAGCCCAUGACUUGCAAUUACACUUUGGAUGCCAGCUCGCUUCUUCAUGGAAGGAUUAAUCUCACACUGGAUGUACCUUUUGAGAAAAUGACGAAAUUUUGCUCUGAAUGCAAACAAGAAGCCAUCGUAUUGGAAAUCUCUGGUGCUUCUAUCGAUGACAGCCCCUUAUGCAUGUGCCACUUAAGUCGGAAGAGAAGCAUUUCAAUCAUAUCAAUGUCAUCGGUAAUGGUGAUUACUCUGCGAUCAAACCUUGUUCCAGGGGAGUCAAAAGUUCUCUUAACUCCAUCAACUAGCAGCAAAAAUACCAACAGCAAAGAUAUUACGGGAUACUUUGUGUUCUUCAGCGACGUCAGGUGUGGCCCCGAGGUUCUGAAGCUGGAUCUUCAAGGAUCCAUUACUUUCCCAUCCUUUCAGGAAAAUUACCUUCCUGGAACGAUCCAUUGCUUGUGGCACAUACCGCUUUUACCUGGCAUGGAUGCUGGAUUCCGCUUGGAGAACUUCAUCGGCAACAACUGCAGUUCUGAUUAUCUGAAAGUAAACCAUGUGCUUCUCUGUCCAGCUGUCUCUGAGCAUUCUUUCGUUGUGCAGAGGGAAGACAUUAAGAGUUCAACAGUGGUUUUAGAUUUACGAGCAACUGAGGCAGCUGAGAUCAACUUUACUUUGUGGUGGACUCAACUGAGAGUUCUUCCAGCGCCAUCAACAGCAACAGACUAUUCCCUCAUGUCAUUUGGAAAAGAAUGUGAGUUCUUGUGUGCAGCGUCUUUGACUUGCAUUCGCAAGGAGCUCGUUUGCAACGGGGUGCCCAAUUGUCCAAGAAGCAAAGACGCGCCCCUGAAAAGAUACUCUCCCGACGAAGAGCCAUCCAUGUGCAAUGCUGGGAAGAACAGUUUUCAGUUUCAAUGGUGGGUCAUCGGAUUUGGGUUGGGCAUUUGCGUUUGUGUUAUUUUCGGCGUGGCAUACACAGUCGGAAAAAGGUGCCAAAGUUACAGAGCUAGGCAACGAUUUUGAACUCAUUUUACCAUAUUUGUACUUCUGAUUUUUUUCAAUUUUCAAUGACUGGUGCUUCUUCGUUAGAAUAA